AUGGCUGACGAGAAUGGUACUGAACCCAUUAAGCGCGAUGUUCGCAACCAUGUCCUCUUUGAGGUAGCUACCGAAGUGGCAAACCGUGUCGGUGGUAUCUAUUCGGUCCUCAAGUCCAAAGCUCCCGUCACAACGGCCGAGUAUGGUGAACGCUACACUUUGAUCGGUCCUUUGAACCGCGCCUCGGCCGCCGUCGAGGUGGAGGAGCUCACGCCGGCGAGCCCUGCCAUGCGCGAAACUAUCGCCUCCAUGAAAGAACGCGGCAUUGAGAUUGUCUAUGGUCGCUGGCUGAUUGAAGGUGCUCCACGAGUGCUUCUCAUCAAUACGGGCACGGGUUACCGUUGGUUGGACGAGUGGAAGGGCGAUCUGUGGAACAACUCCGGCAUCCCGUCCCCCGCUGCCGAUCACGAGACUAAUGAGGCAAUCGUCUUUGGAUACUUGGUCGCAUGGUUCUUGGGCGAGUACAUUGCUCAUGAGCGCCGUCGUGCUGUGGUCGCCCAUUUCCAUGAGUGGCUGGCUGGUGUGGCCUUGCCAUUGACUAAGAAGCGCCACAUGGAUCUCACUACCAUCUUCACAACACACGCUACCUUGUUGGGCCGCUAUCUCUGUGCUGGUUCGGUGGACUUCUACAACAACUUGCAGUACUUUGAUGUGGAUGCCGAAGCUGGAAAGCGCGGAAUCUACCACCGUUACUGUAUUGAGCGUGCUGCUGCCCACAGUGCCGAUGUCUUUACUACAGUCUCGCAUAUCACCGCGUUUGAAAGUGAGCAUCUCCUGAAACGAAAGCCCGAUGGUGUACUGCCCAACGGUCUGAACGUCAAAAAGUUCUCUGCUAUGCACGAGUUCCAAAACUUGCACUCGCAAGCUAAGGAGAAGAUCAAUGAUUUCGUUCGAGGGCACUUCUACGGUCACAAUGAUUUUGAUUUGGACAACACUCUUUACCUGUUUACCGCUGGUCGGUACGAGUACCGAAACAAGGGAGUUGACAUGUUUAUCGAGGGAUUGGCCCGCCUCAACGGCCGACUGAAGGCCAGCGGAUCAACCAUGACUGUGGUAGCUUUUAUCAUCAUGCCUGCGCAGACAUCGUCAUUGACAGUCGAGUCAUUGAAGGGACAGGCAGUUGUCAAGUCUCUACGCGAUACAAUUGAGAACAUUGAAAAGGGUAUUGGCAAACGCAUGUACGAACGUUGUCUAUCAUGGAAGGAGGGUGACAACAUGCCUGAUGAGAAGGACCUCAUCACGAGUCAAGAUCGAGUGCUUCUGCGCCGUCGCUUGUUCGCGAUGAAACGUCAUGGUCUCCCACCUAUUGUCACUCACAACAUGGUCAACGAUCACGAGGAUCCGAUCUUGAACCAGCUCCGUCGCGUGGAGAUGUUCAACAACUCCUCCGAUCGUGUCAAGAUCGUGUUCCACCCUGAAUUCUUGAACUCCUCCAACCCGGUACUGCCCCUUGACUACGAUGAUUUUGUUCGUGGAACUCACCUGGGAGUGUUCCCAUCGUACUAUGAACCGUGGGGUUAUACCCCAGCUGAGUGUACCGUAAUGGGUGUUCCCAGUAUCACUACCAAUCUUUCUGGAUUCGGAUGCUACAUGGAAGAGCUCAUUGAGAACUCCUCCGACUAUGGUAUCUACAUUGUGGAUCGCCGUACAAAGGGAGUCGACGAUUCGGUCAACCAGCUAACCGAAUUCAUGUAUAACUUUACCACAAAGAGCCGACGUCAGCGAAUCAACCAGCGUAACCGCACAGAGCGCCUGAGUGAUCUGCUGGAUUGGAAGCGAAUGGGUCUGGAAUACGUCAAGGCUCGACAGCUGGCCUUGCGCCGAGCCUACCCAACCUCUUUCGAUGGAAAAGAGGACUACUUCGGAGACAUCAUUGGAGGUACCGAGCAGAAGCUUUCCCGCCCACUGUCUGUCCCUGGCUCUCCCCGCGAUCGAUCUGGAAUGAUGACUCCCGGGGAUUUCGCCUCUCUCCAAGAAGGUCGCGAGGGAUUGAGCACAGAGGAUUAUAUUGCCUGGAAGCUUCCGGAAGAGGAAGAGCCCGAUGACCACUUUUACCCACUCACGCUCCGCACUCGGAAGACUGGAGAGCGACCUCAAUCUCCUCUCGAUAGCAUAUCGAUUAACGGGGAUGCUGAGGUUGAGGUUGAGGCCGAGUGA